ACAUUAAUUAAGCAAAGCACAAAGGGCGGUGGGCUAAUUAGCAAAAAUUAGGGUUCUCUUAAAACAUCCUUCAGUCUUCUUCUCUUUAUAUAUAUGUAUUUAUAAAAUCUAACCCUAAAAAAUUGAUAGAUCUCUCUUCUCACAUAAAACGCUGGUGUGCUCUGCUCUAUUGAUACAGAAAUCAAUGGCUCAAUCAAUGGCAGAGGAGCAAACAGGAGUGAGAUCUAGGGGAAAAGUAGUGAGGUUUAGCGACAGGAAAGGUUUUGGUUUUAUAAAACCAGAUGAUGGUGGUGAGGAUCUGUUCGUUCAUCACUCUGCUAUCAAAUCAGAUGGUCGAUAUCGUUCUCUUGCUGAGGACGAUGUAGUUGAAUUCACUGUCUCUCUUUCUGAUGAUAAUAAAUAUCAAGCUGUUGAUGUUACUGCCCCUGGUGGUGGUCCCAUUCAAGCUAAUCAUUCUAACAACAAUAAGAGAGGUGGUGGUGGUGAUGGUCCCGCCAAACGCGGUGGUGGAUUUGGUGGUUCUUGGAGCAGCAGCAGCACCCGGAGGAAUAACAACGGUGGUGGUGGUGGUGGGUGUUAUAACUGUGGAGGCAGUGGUCAUAUUGCCAGGGAGUGCAAUAAUAACAAUAACAGUAAUAGCAAUGGCGGUGGUUGUUUUAAGUGUGGUAACACAGGGCAUUUUGCUAGGGAUUGUACUACAAGAGGGAAUAAUAAUAAUAACAAUGGUGGUGGCGACCGCGAUCGUGGUUGUUUUAACUGUGGAGGGUAUGGGCAUUUGGCUAGGGAUUGUGCAGGUGGCGGCGGGGCGUGUUAUAAUUGUGGAGGGUUUGGCCAUUUGGCUAGGGAUUGUACUAGUGCUAGAGGAGCUGGCGGUGGCGGCGCCGGCGGUGGUAGAUUCGGGGGUAAAGGCGGUAGCGGCGGCGGUGGAUGUUUUAACUGUGGGGAGGAGGGGCAUUUUGCUAGGGAGUGUCCUAACAAGUCUUGAUGAUGAUUAGAGGGAAGAAAAAAGAUCUAUAGGUUUGCAGAAGUAGUGCAAAAAAUUGUUGCUUGAAGAUAUUAGCUACAAAAUCACUGUAAGCAACAACUAAGAUUAUGGUACUCACUCACAUUUCAUAGCAGGGGCGGAAGUAAAUCACUGUAAGCAACAACUAAGAUUAUGGUACUCACUCACCUGUCAUAGCAGGGGCGCUUCCGCGUAACACACUUAAACCAGACUCGGAAGCAAAGAACCGGUAGACUGGUGAUCUUUGCGUAUUAUGCAAAUGUGGAAUAUAUGACAGGUAUGUAGAAAUUUUGCAACUUUUUGGACAUAAGAAGUACACGAGAUCUUGUAUUUUAACUCAGUAUAGUUUUCAAUUGUCGAUUGUCGACGGAGUAUAGUUUUUACUUUGUACAAAACAAAGUCACCAUAGAAUCUUCACUUAGAAUAUAGAAUCCUGAUGACGGCUGCUUUGGAUGGCUGUCUUGAGAAUCUACUGUAGAAAACAGAUGUUGGAAGAAUUUGGUACAGCCAUUUUCUCAUUAACUUGAAUUUGAAGAGCUUUAAACAUCUCUAGUUGAGUAAUUUCUGAACUUACAUGCGAGGGUUAGUUUGGUGAUUGCCGUGUCGGUUUGAAAAUUUAGGAAUGCUUUUAUGUAUAAGCUUGUAUUUGACAGAUUGUCUGGCAUUUGCCUGGGUCAUUUCAUGCUUUGAUUGAUACCUAUGUGUAGUUUACACAUGUUCAAGUCUUAAUACUCUUUUGAGUAUUUCACAGGUUACUUGAAGGGUGAAUUGUUUUCUUUUUUUAUUUUUUGUAAAUUAUCAAGAACGAAGUAUAUUUACAUUUUUAAUUGCUUAUUGAUAGCAAUGUAAUCGAACUAAGUGAGCCGGGUUUUUGCUAGUUUUAUUAUCCAAUCGAGUUUGCUCAA